UUGAUCAGGUAUGCUUCGAGUGCUACAUUUUGCAAACGAACGGAAAACUCUUGCAUUUGCUUUUUUACAAUUCGUUUGGACGCACAGCAGCUAUAUAGCAAAUUUCGCACUGGAUAUUGGGUCCUUCGGCUAUAUACAUAUUGCAAAUUGGGAAAGGAAAUAAUUAUAACUUGCAAUGGUUGGCCGAGAUAUAACGCCAACGGAAAUCGGAAAGCAUUCCAAACUAAUAAGAAUGGCGCAAGAUGAAAUGGCCUCCAUGGAUGUUCUAGUAUGCGGCCGUUGCCUCAACGUAUCUCACUUCAUUGAAGAUUUUGAUGACCAUAAACAGAAGCCAUGCCACAAAGAAAAUACUAAUGUGCGUGAAUGUAAUGACACUAAACCAAAAAUUUGGGCAUUCUU